GAAUGUAAGGUGUUAAGCUAAACAAUUAAACUUGACACAUUUCUUUAUUUCUAUAUUUUGGAUGAAUUCUUCACCAGCUGAAACGACUUCUCAACGCAUAGAAAAGAGAGACUGAAUGAAACAGUGGAGACGUUAUGUCCUCACUAUAUCGGCCUUGUCAAGAGGACAAUGCACGGCAGGAGGCUGUUCCCAGGACUCUCUCCCUCACACCGGUGGACCAUGAGAGGUUCAGAGCACGUCUUGUAUCGGCUGGACCUAGCAGUGCUCAGCACAACCCUGAUGCCCUGCUGUUCACCCCCAGCGACCUCCUCCUCCGCAGACGACGUGCCGCUCCAAGCCAGCAGAGGAUAGAGAUACUGCCGGCACUUAAGAGGUACCAGGACCAAAAGCAGCUCGAGUACGUCCACAAGAAAAAACGGGAGAGGCUGAUGAGCGCUGGCUGCAAACCCCCUACACCCCCCACUGCUGGGCCAGAACGAUCAAGUUUAUCUUCCUCCGAUCUACACCUGCCACAGAUUCCUGAUCAUCUCAAGGAAAAACAGGUGAAGAGCACACUCAGCUCUUCUUCAUCUGCCAAAAGACCCAUAAGCUUCUCCAAAGGCCAUUCUUCUACCAUGACCCCUACUGUCCAUAUCCCCGCUCCGCCAGCGUCCAAUCCGAUGCACUUCGGCUCAGUAGAGGACGUGCUCUGUUCUCAGAUUUGCUCCCCAAUCGAAAUCAUGCAGAUCGUCCGAAACAACCCUCACCUGGGCUUCCUGUACAUGACGUCCGCUGUGCCCAAAUCCUCCAUCGAAUACGAUGUGUUCAACCUCAGGAUUGUGACAUUCGAGGACGUCGACAAGUCAGACUACUACACGAUCAGCAUUCACGGUGUGACGCACUACUGCAUGGGUCAGAUGGACUUUGUGUCGCUAGAGCGCUGGGAGCAGGAGUACCGUUACCACCGGCAGCUCCUUCGCAUCCCGACCUUUGCUCUUUUCCGCACGCGCAAGGCGUUCAGAGUGUGGCGGGCCAACGUGCGCUCCAAAACCAUCAACAAGUGCAAGCGGUCGCUGCAGAAGCACCUCUUCAUAGUCAACGAGUGCCUGAGGCCGGCGCUGAUCGACAUCAGGGAGAUGUGCUGUCGUAUCUGUGACAUGAGCCUGUGCAGGAUGGAGAAGGAGCACAUGUACACACUCGAGGAAUUCCAGUCUGCCCAGUUCACUCAGCUCAGAGAGGUAUCUUCUCGACUGGAGAAAUUUAGAGAGCUGGUAAAGGAAGUGGCUGGAACCGCCUGUCGCACAAAUAUGAUGGAGGCAGGAUACACGCCUGACUAUAAUAAUAAUGAAAACGAUGAAAGUAAACAGUGUGCUGAGUUGGAGAUGCUGUAUGAGGAGGGUCUGAACAGGUCUAGCUACACAGAGCAGGCUAACAAGAGACACCACUGUGGUCGCCUUACCCGCUUUAUUCGGCUGGCUGAUUACCUGAUAAUGAGCACCCUGCACACACUAGCCGUCAACUCCAUCAGCAAGUUACUGAGCAGGUUCCAGGAACACAACACACACACACCCUCACACACACUCAUACACAGCUGGAAUACAGAGGCUGGCCUGGACACACACGACAAGGCAGGUGUCUCAGAACAGAAUCCAGGUGUUUCAGUGUUGCCCAUGUUCAUCACAGAACUAAUGCUGGACACACAUGCACUUUCCUUCCAACCUUCCAUUGAUGAAUUCCAGGAGUGUGUAGCAGAGAUUAUCUCGUGCUUCCAGGACACAGUGCUGUCUUUGAAGCCUCUGGUGCCUGAUUGCUAUUUUAAUGCGUUCACACGACCCAUCAUCAACAACAAGAUUGAGGAGAAGACCUGUGGUGACGGUCCGAGUUUAGAAGCCGCGCUGGAAGACGAUCGAAACUUGCAGGACGUCAUCCAGAACAUCAAGAGUUCAAUGCAGUUUGCGUUUGAUGCUGCUGUUGUGUAUGCCAACACGUUCGAGCGGUUCCGGUUGUUCUACGAGAAGAACGAAAGCCUGGACCUAAAAGCUCUCCAAGAACAAGAACACGAUGUGGCAUUUUUUGCUGUAAGUUUGGAGAACUAUCAUGGGCAGCAUAAGGAAGCUCUAGGCAUCAAGCAGCAAAGACACCUGGGACUUCUGCUGGUGGACUCGUCCCAACUUAAGAAGAAAUUCAUACCAUCUCCACUGCACUGCUUAGAGGUGAUUAACGAAAUGCUGCCGCUGUUAGCUAAGAGAAAGAUGGACGCCAUCAUGACCGAGGCUCAGGACGCCCAGUUCAAACUGAAGCUCGUCCCCACGUCUACCACCGAGUUCGUCGACUCCCUCACCUUUCUGGACGAGAUCCAGGAGCGGAUCGAAGUCCUGGAUGAGCAGACGGAGACGGUGUGUCAGAUGUACGCGCUGAUUGAGAGCUUCUCUGUGCCCGCUCCGCCGGAGGACCUCGUCGUUUUCGCCAUGCUCAGAUCGUCUGUGAGCGCCGUGAAGAACGCCAUCGACAAAGCGGUGGGAGAGAGAGACGCCAACGUGGACAAGUUCUGCCAGCACGUGCAGAGCGACAUCGCCGAACUCAACAAGGAGGUGACGAGCGUUAAACAACAAGCAGAGAACCGACUGAUUCUGGACAUUGACACGGAUCCAGCGAAGGUCCGCACAGUCCUGAACGAAAUCCAAAACUCUAUAGACAAGAUGCAAGCUCAAGCCUUCCGCUUCAAAUCCUACCAGAAGAACUUCAAGGUGGAGGUGACCAAGUAUGAGUGUCUGGAGGAGCUGAGUGCUGAGGUGAAGCUGAAACAUUUGCUGUGGGAUUCUUUAGAAGAAUGGAACCAUCUGCAGAACAGGUGGAUGCAGAGUAAAUUUACUGAGCUUGAACCUGAACUACUCAGCGCCCAGGUGAACAAGUACAGCAAAUACGUGAACCAGCUGGAGAAAGGGCUUCCACCCAACAGCGUGGUGCCCAGCCUCAAAACUGGUGUGGAAUCCAUUAGAGAAAAGCUGCCGGUAAUCUCUGACCUGAGGAACCCUUGUCUGAAAGCACGGCACUGGGAGAUGCUGGAGAGCAUCGUAGGGGUCAACUUGGUGGAGGAACCGCUCACCCUGGCUGCCCUGCAGGAGCUCGACAUGUUCAGCUACAGAACGGAGAUCCAGGAGGUUUCAGGCCAAGCAUCAGGAGAAGCAGCCCUGGAGACAAUGAUCAAAAAGGUGGAGGACUCGUGGAAGUCUACCGAGUUUGUGGUGCUUUCACAUCGCGACUCCAAGGAUGUGUUUAUUCUCGGAGGCACAGAUGAUAUCCAGGUGCUGUUGGAUGAUAGCAUCAUUAACGUGGCCACAGUGGCAUCCUCACGUUACGUGGGUCCCAUAAAGACCAAAGUGGAUGAAUGGCAAAGACUGCUCACACUGUUCAGCCAGACCCUGGACGAAUGGCUGACAUGUCAGAGAAACUGGCUGUACCUGGAGAGCAUCUUCAGCGCUCCUGACAUCCAGAGACAGCUGCCUGCCGAGGCCAAGAUGUUCCUGCAGGUGGACAAAUCCUGGAAGGAGAUCAUGAGAAAGGUCAACCACCUACCCAACGCCCUGCGCUCUGCUACACAGCCAGGACUGCUGGAGAUCUUCCAGAACAAUAACGCUCUACUAGACGAGAUUCAGAAAUGCUUGGAGGCGUACCUGGAGUCCAAGAGAGUCAUUUUCCCCAGGUUCUACUUUCUCUCCAACGACGAGCUGCUGGAGAUCCUGGCACAGACUCGCAACCCUCAGGCAGUGCAGCCGCACCUCAGGAAGUGCUUUGAUGCCAUCUCUCGGCUGGAGUUUGCCCUGCUGCCGCUCACCGAGCCCACUGAGGGGGCCGAGGGGGAGGCCGAGAAGAAGUACACCAACGACAUCCUGGCUAUGAUCUCACCUGAGGGAGAGAAGGUGGCUCUGGGUAAAGGACUAAAGGCUCGUGGGAAUGUGGAGGACUGGUUGGGGAAGGUGGAGGAGGCCAUGUUCUCAUCCCUCAGACGCCUCAGCAAGGCUGCCAUCGCUGACUACCAGAGCAAGCCACGGGUGGAAUGGGUGGUGGCUGGACACCCCUCACAGGUUGUGCUGACCAUCUCUCAGCUGAUGUGGUGCAGGGACAUGGAUAACUGUCUGGAGGGAGACCACGACCACUUCCAGGCUCUCCAGCAGUUUGAGCUCACCAACUUUGAGAGACUGAAUGCGUUGGCUGCGCUGGUGAGAGGGAACUUACCAAAAAUCCAUCGAAACAUCAUCACCGCCCUCAUCACCGUGGACGUCCACGCCAGAGACAUCGUCACAGAGCUCGUCAAAGAAAAGGUGGACUCGAGCAGUAAUUUCGAGUGGCAGAGGCAGUUACGUUAUUAUUGGGACGUGGAUCUGGAUAACUGUGUGGCUCGCAUGGCUCUGUCUCAGUACAUCUACGGAUACGAGUACUUAGGAGCUUGUGCCCGCCUGGUCAUCACUCCACUUACGGACCGGUGCUACCUGUGCCUGAUGGGGGCACUACAGCUAGACCUGGGCGGCGCUCCAGCAGGUCCUGCUGGCACCGGAAAAACCGAGACCACUAAAGACCUGGCUAAAGCCCUGGCCAUCCAGUGUGUGGUGUUCAACUGCUCCGAUGGACUCGACUACAAGAUGAUGGGCACCUUCUUCAGCGGCCUGGCUCAGUCUGGAGCGUGGUGUUGUUUUGACGAGUUUAACCGCAUCAACAUCGAAGUGCUGUCUGUCAUCGCCCAGCAGCUCAUCACUAUCAGGAAUGCUAAGGCCGCUAAGCUCUCUCGGUUCAUGUUCGAGGGCAGAGAGAUUAAACUGGUCAUGACGUGCGCAGCGUUUAUCACCAUGAACCCGGGCUAUGCCGGCAGGACUGAACUCCCCGACAACCUGAAAGCUCUCUUCAGACCCAUCGCCAUGAUGGUGCCCAACUACGCUCUAAUCGCUGAGGUGAUCCUGUACUCAGAAGGGUUUGAAUCCAGUAAGACUCUGGCGAGGAAGAUGACUCAGAUGUAUAAGCUGUGUAGCGAGCAGCUCUCUCAGCAGGAUCACUACGACUUCGGCAUGAGAGCCGUCAAAUCCGUGCUGGUCAUGGCUGGCUCUCUGAAGCGAGAGAACCCACACCUGAGCGAGGAGGUGGUGUUGAUCAGAGCUCUGCGAGACUCCAACCUGCCCAAGUUCCUCAAGGACGACGCUGAGCUUUUUAGCGGCAUCUUGUCGGACCUCUUCCCGGGGGUGGGCAUCCCGGAGCAUGACUACGGCUCCCUUCAGCUGAGCAUCGAAGCCGCGUUGCGCUCCCGCUCCCUGCAGCCCGUCGCUAGCAUGACCGCUAAGGUGAUCCAGCUGUACGAGACCAUGCUGGUGCGCCAUGGCGUCAUGCUGGUGGGUCCGACAGGCAGCGGAAAGACCACAGUGUACCGCGCCCUCGCCGACGCUCUGCAGGCUCUGUACGCGUCCGAAGGCUGCGAGAAAAACCCCUUCUAUCAGCCUGUCAGGACCUACGUGCUCAACCCCAAAUCAGUCAGCAUGGGUGAGUUAUAUGGCGAGGCACACCCGCUCACCCUGGAGUGGAGGGACGGCCUGAUGGCGCUGUGCGUGCGCGCGGCCUCCAGCGACCCCAGCGACGAACACAAGUGGGUGGUCAGCGACGGGCCGGUGGACGCGCUGUGGAUCGAGAACAUGAACACGGUGCUGGACGAUAACAAGAUGCUGUGUCUGGCUAACAGCGAGAGGAUCAAGCUCACGCCCUCCAUACACAUGUUGUUCGAGGUUCAAGAUCUAGCGGUAGCCUCUCCAGCUACAGUUAGUCGUUGUGGGAUGGUGUACAUAGACUCAGAGGAGCUGAAAUGGAUGCCGUAUGUGAAAACUUGGCUUGCCGGCCUCUCAGACAAGAUGACAGAGCCUGUGCGCAUGUACCUGAUGGAUCUGUUUGAGAGGUACGUUGACAGCGGACUGCAGUUUGUAUCUAAGCGCUGUGUGCAGGCCAUGGCUCAGGUGGACAUCAGUAAGGUCACCACCCUCUGCUGCCUGCUGGAGGCGCUGCUGUUCAACACAGGAGCUCCCAGUUUAAACAUGGACCCGAGCCGACUGAACAGCGUGCUCUGUCAGACGUUUGUAUUCUGCUACGUGUGGGCAGUCGGGGGGAAUUUGACGGACAGCUGCUGGGACGCCUUUGACAGUUUCAUCAGGCAGCAGUUUGAGGACAACACUGACGCCAAGCUUCCUAGCGGAGGCGACCUGUGGAGUGUGUAUAUGGAUUUCGAGACGAAGCGCCUGGAGCCGUGGGAGAGGAUCAUCCCCUUCUUCAGGUACAACAAGGAACUUCCUUUUUUUGAGAUGCUGGUUCCCACUACGGACACGGUGCGUUAUGGUUACCUGAUGGAAAAACUGCUGUCUGUGGGACACUCCGUCCUCUUUACCGGCAUGACCGGAGUGGGAAAGUCAGUGGUGGCUCGUGGCUUGUUGAACAGCGUGCAGGAUCGGGCGGGUUACGUUCCCAUCUACAUCAACUUCUCAGCCCAGACGUCCUCAGCUAGAACACAGGAGAUCAUCGAGUCCAAGCUGGAGAAAAAGAGGAAGAACGUGCUGGGCGCUCCUGUGAACAAGAGGGUGGUGGUGUUUGUAGACGAUCUGAACAUGCCGAAGUUAGACAGUUACGGCUCUCAGCCUCCCAUAGAGCUGCUGCGCCAGUUUCAGGACUUUAAUGGCUUCUACGAUCGUGAGAAGUUCUUCUGGAAAGAGAUUCAGGACAUGACCAUAGUGGCAGCGUGUGCGCCCCCUGGUGGAGGACGUAACCCUGUGACCCCUCGAUUCAUCCGUCACUUUAGCAUGCUCUGCCUCCCUACGCCCUCCGAACACAGCCUCAAGCAGAUCUUUAAGGCCAUCCUGAACGGAUUCCUGGGCGAUUUCUCAGCAGCAGUAAAGCAGACUGCAGGAAGCAUCGUGGACGCCGCAGUGGAGAUUUACCACCGCAUGAGUUUAGACCUGCUCCCCACUCCAGCCAAGUCCCACUAUGUAUUCAACCUCCGAGACCUUUCCAAAUGUGUGCAGGGCAUGUUACAGUGCGAGCCGGGUACAGUACAGGAUCAGAACCAGAUCUUCCGUCUGUUCUGCCACGAGUGCCAGCGUGUGUUUCACGACCGACUCGUCAACAACGAGGACAAGACCUACUUUAACACCAUGAUCUGCGAGAUGGCCAGUAAAUAUUUUGGCAUCAAUUUGGAGUCCAGUUACCUCACCAACCAUCCAAUCAUCUUUGGAGAUUUCAUCAAGGUGGGAGCCCCGAAGUCGGACAGAGUUUACGAAGACCUGACGGACAUGGACAAGAUCCGGAACGUUCUGCAGGAAUACCUGGACGACUACAACAUGACCUUCUCCAAGGAGGCCAAGCUCGUCUUCUUUCAGGACGCCGUUGCGCACGUCUCCAGAAUUGCCCGGAUGAUUCGGCAGGAGCGCGGUAAUGCCCUGCUGGUUGGUGUGGGCGGGACAGGAAAGCAAUCUCUGACCCGAUUGGCCGCUCACAUGUGCGGCUACCGCUGCUUUCAGAUCGAGCUGAGCCGCGGCUACAGCUACGACAGUUUCCACGAUGAUCUGCGUAAACUGUAUAAGAUGGCGGGCGUGGAGGGUCAGGACAUGGUCUUUCUCUUCACUGAUACUCAGAUUGUAGUGGAGGAGUUCCUGGAGGACAUCAAUAACAUGCUGAACUCUGGCGAGGUGCCCAACCUUUUUGAAAAGGACGAGCUGGAGCAAGUUUUGGCAGCAACGAGACCUCGUGCCAAGGAGGCAGGCAUCGCCGAGGGAAACCGGGAUGAGGUUUUCCAGUAUUUUAUCUCUCGUGUACGGGAGAAGCUGCACAUUGUGCUGUGUAUGAGUCCGGUGGGUGAUGCCUUCCGCUCCCGCUGCCGUAUGUUCCCCUCACUCGUCAACUGCUGCACCAUCGACUGGUUUGUCCAGUGGCCACAUGAAGCCCUUCUCUCCGUCUCCCAGUCCUUCUUCCAGAAUGUGGAUUUUGGCAGUGAGGAGAUGAAGAGCUGUCUGUCUCAGAUGUGUGUGGAGAUCCACAUGAGUGUGACGGACAUGGCUGAGCGCUUCUAUUCGGAGCUCCGGCGCCGAUAUUACACCACGCCUACUUCCUAUCUGGAGCUUAUUAACCUGUAUUUAGGCAUGCUGGGAACUAAGAGGCAGCAGCUGGAGGUGGCUCGUGACAGGGUGAAGAAUGGUCUGACAAAGCUAUUAGAGACCAACGAGCUGGUGGAUAAGAUGAAGGUGGACCUGUCAGCCCUGGAGCCUGUGCUUAAACAGAAAUCCAUCGACGUCAAUGCGCUAAUGGAGAAACUCACCGUUGACCAAGAGAAAGCCGACCAGGUGCGCAGUGUGGUAAAGGAGGACGAGGCCUUGGCUAAGGUGAAAGCAGAGGAGACCCAGGCCAUCGCAGAUGACGCCCAGCGUGAUUUGGACGAGGCUCUUCCGGCUCUGGAGGGUGCCAACAAGGCUCUGGAUGCACUGGAUAAGGCGGACAUCUCUGAGAUUCGAGUGUUCACCAAACCACCUGACCUCGUCAUGACAGUCAUGGAGGCUGUGUGUAUCCUGCUCAACAGCAAGACAGACUGGGCCAGUGCCAAACAGGUCCUGGGCGACUCAAACUUCUUGAGAAAGCUGAUGGAAUAUGACAAGGACAACAUUCGUCCUCAAAUCCUGCAGAAGCUGCAGCGCUACGUUCAGAACCCCGACUUUGUGCCAGAAAAGGUAGAGAAGGUCUCUAAAGCGUGCAAGUCCAUGUGCAUGUGGGUACGAGCCAUGGGCCUCUACUCCCGCGUCCUUAAAGAGGUGGGGCCUAAACGAGAGAAACUGGCCACUGCCCAGGCGGAGCUGGACGCCACCAUGACCACUCUGAGGGAGAAGCAGGAGAAGCUGAGGGAGGUGGAGAAUCAGAUCCGAGUUCUGCAGGAGCAGUUCAACUCCAGCGUGGCUGAGAAAGAGGAACUAGCUAAAACCAUGGCUCUGACUGAGGCUCGGCUGGGCCGUUCAGGUAAGCUGACCUCAGCGCUGGCCGACGAGCGCGUACGCUGGCAGGAGAGCAUUGCCAUGUUUGAGCUUGAGAUCAACAACGUCAUUGGCAAUGUGUUUAUCGCCGCUGCAUGUGUGGCUUACUACGGAGCCUUCACCUCCCACUACAGGCAACUGUUGAUAGAGCGGUGGAUCUCCUGCUGUCAGGGACUGGGAAUCCCCAUCAGCUCAAACUUCAGCCUUAUAGGAAUCCUGGGAGACCCGUACGAGAUUCGGCAGUGGAAUUCUGAAGGUCUUCCCAGGGAUAAUGUUUCCACCGAGAACGGCAUCCUUGUGACCCGUGGGCGCCGCUGGCCACUUAUGAUCGACCCUCAAGAUCAGGCAAAUCGCUGGAUUCGUGCUAAAGAGGCAAAGAACGGACUGAAAGUCAUCAAGCUAACGGAUGCUGGCUUCCUCCGCACUCUUGAGAACGCCAUCCGCCUGGGCAUGCCUGUCCUACUGGAAGAGCUUAAGGAAACUUUAGACCCUGCUCUCGAACCUGUGCUGCUGAAGCAGACGUUUGUGUCCGGUGGAAGGACGCUGAUUCGUUUGGGGGAUUCUGACAUCGACUACGACAAAAACUUCCGCUUCUACAUGACCACCAAGAUGGCGAACCCACACUACCUCCCAGAGGUUUGCAUCAAAGUCACAAUUAUCAACUUUACUGUAACCAAGUCAGGACUCGAGGAUCAACUGCUGAGCGACGUAGUGCGUCUGGAGCGACCUGAACUGGAGGAGCAAAGAAACCAGCUGAUUGUUCGCAUCAACGCUGACCGCAACCAGCUGAAAGCCAUCGAGGAUCGUAUCCUUAAACUGCUCUUCACCUCAGAGGGAAACAUUCUCGACAACCAGGAGCUCAUCCACACCCUGCAGGAGUCAAAGGUAACGUCCGAAGCCAUUAAAUCUCGUCUGGAGGAGGCCGAGGCUACAGAGCAGAUGAUCGACACGGCCAGAGAGAAAUAUCGGCCCGUGGCCACACAGGGCUCCGUGAUGUAUUUCGUCAUUGCCAGCCUCUCUGAGAUCGACCCCAUGUACCAGUUCUCUCUCAAAUAUUUUAAACAGCUGUUCAACAACACCAUUGAGACGUCGGAGAAGCACAGCGAGCUGAGCGCGAGGUUGCAGAUCCUUCUAGAUCAAACGCUCCUCAGCUCCUACACCAACGUAUCACGAGGCCUGUUCGAGCAACACAAAGCCAUUUACAGCUUCAUGCUGUGUGUGGAGAUCAUGAUGCAGCGGGGGGAGAUAACAGCACACGAGUGGUUCUACUUCCUCAGAGGAGCGGGUGCAGGAGACAAGGACUCAUCAGUAAAGGCGGACGUUCCUUGGCUGUCUGAUUCCAUGUGGAAGACAUGCUGUGAUCUAGAGUCAAGACUGCCCUGCUUCAGAGGCAUCAAGAAGGAGAUUGUAUCUGCACCUCUUACUGUGCAACUGGGACGACUGGAGGUGGCACUGAAUCCUGAGCACUGCGAGGGCGACGUGACGGAUCUUCAGCAGUAUUCAGAGGACUCAUCUGUAGAUCGUCAGCCUGAGGGUACAGGUCACUGGAUGGAGCAGCUUGGACCCUUCCAGAAACUCCUGCUCAUCAAGAGCUUCAGUGAAGAGAAGGUCGUGUUGGCCGUGACCGAGUUUGUGAUCAUCAGCCUGGGGAAGCAGUUUGUGGAGAAUCCGCCGGUGGAUCUGGCAACCCUGUACGCGGACAUGUCCUCCUCCACACCGCUGGUGUUCAUCCUGAGCACUGGCUCCGACCCCAUGGGUGCUUUCCAAAGAUUCGCCAAGGAGAAAGGAUACCAGGACAGGGUGGAGUCGAUAUCUCUGGGUCAGGGUCAGGGUCCCAUAGCUGAGAAGAUGAUAGCUGAAGCUCUGAAGACUGGGAACUGGAUCUUCCUGCAGAACUGCCACCUUGCUGUAUCCUGGAUGCUCAGCAUGGAGGAGAUCAUCAAGAGCUUUGCAGAACCUGACACCGUUAUCCAUGAGAACUUCAGACUGUUCCUGAGCUCAAUGCCCACCAGUGUGUUCCCGGUCACUGUGCUUCAAAAUUCUGUCAAGGUGACCAAUGAGCCGCCCAAGGGUCUGCGAGCGAACGUGCGGCGAGCCUUCACUGAGAUCAGCAGCACGUUUUUCGAGGAGCACAUCCUGGCCAGAAAAUGGAGGAAGAUGAUCUUCGGAGUGUGCUUCUUCCACGCCAUCAUUCAGGAGAGGAAGAAAUUCGGACCUCUGGGUUGGAACAUCAGUUAUGAGUUCAAUGACAGUGACAGAGAGUGCGCCCUUCUCAACUUAAACCUCUACUGCCAGUCAGGCCACAUCCCCUGGGAUGCCCUCAUCUACAUCACCGGUGAGAUUACAUACGGAGGGAGGGUAACGGAUGCGUGGGAUCAACGCUGUUUGCGCACCAUCCUCAAAGGAUUUUUCUCCCCGCUGACACUGGAGGAGGGCUACAAGUACUCCUCAUCAGGGAUCUACUUCGCUCCAGAGCUGGACAGUCUACAGGAGUACAACAGCUACAUUAAGAAUCUGCCCAUCGUCGAUGACCCUGAGGUCUUUGGCAUGCAUGAGAAUGCCAACCUGGCUUUCCAGAGGCAGGAGACGCUGACGCUGAUCAACACCAUCCUGGAGGUGCAGCCACGUUCCUCAUCAGCUGGAGGAGGCAAGAGUAACGAUGAGGUGGUGCACGACCUCGCGGAGUCCAUUCUCAGCAAGAUCCCUGAGAAGCUCGGUUUGGACGCUGCUGUGGAGAGCCUGUACUUAAGAGACGCUAACGGAAGAGUAAACUCUCUGACCACUGUGCUGGGACAGGAAGUGGACCGUUUUAACUUCCUGCUGCGUGUGCUAAGGACCUCACUGGUAACCCUGCAGAAGGCUAUAGCCGGCUUGGUGGUGAUGUCCGAGGAGAUGGAGCGCAUCUACAACAGCUUCCUGAACAAUCAGGUUCCUCAACACUGGGCCAGUGCUGCCUACCCAUCACUCAAGCCUUUGGGAAGCUGGGUACAAGACCUGGAACUGCGCACCACCUUCAUAGAUAGCUGGGUACACAGAGGGCAGCCCAAAUCAUUCUGGAUCUCCGGGUUCUUCUUUCCUCAGGGCUUCCUAACAGGGGCGUUGCAGAACCACGCUCGUAAGUACAACCUUCCCAUAGACGAGCUCAGCUUCUGCUUCAACAUCGUACCCGCGUACAGAGACCAGGGCUGCAUAACAGAAGCCCUGAAGAACCUCAGCCCUGGUACUGAACUGAACUUGGACCAGGAGCUCCCCGCUGUAGAGGAUGGAGUUCUGGUACAUGGGAUGUUCAUGGAUGCGAGUCGCUGGGAUGAUGUGAACAUGGUAAUGCAGGAUGCGUUGCCGCGGGUGAUGAACCCCAUGCUACCCGUAGUGCACUUUGAGCCUCGGCGGAACUACACACCUGACGAGUCUCUGUACCACGCACCGCUGUAUAAAACCUCGGCCCGAGCCGGGACGCUCUCUACUACAGGACACUCCACUAAUUUUGUGGUGACUGUAAUGUUGCCAUCCGACAGACCGAGUGAUUACUGGAUCUCCAAAGCCUCAGCGCUGCUGUGCCAACUCAACGAGUGAGCUAAAACCGUACGCUACAUUCAUGCAAUAAAAUACUUAGACAUAA